AUGCAUUCCAGUCAACUAAAUCUGCCUACGGCGUAUGAGCCAUACAGUCGGCCGCACAGCGCGGAGCACGAUGCCGUUCAUGCUGAAAAGUUGCGCCAACAACGCAUCACCACGCGUAACGCCAAACAGAAGGAGGAGCGAAGCAAACAAGUUCUAGAUUCUGUGCGCAUUGUUCUGCGCCUUCUAGCACUAGCUUUUGCGAUUUCCAUUAUUGGUGUGCAAUCACAUGUGGCUCGUGUUUGGGACCAGUCGCGCGACGAGACAGUUCAAAAUCCCCAGACCGGGUUCCGUAUGCGCGCGUGGGCCGCUCAGAUGGAUCUGUGGCCAACUUGGGUGAAUAUCGGCGCGGGUGUCAUCGCGAGUGCCAUUCAUAUCUCGUCCUUGAUAACGCUAUGUGGCGGUACUCGCGCCCUACGAUAUAUCAAGCUCUACCCCUGGGUUGUUGCACUGACGUCCAUAUUCUCCAUUGUCGCAUGGAUCGCCGCCGUUGUCUACUACAAGGUUGACAACGCCAGAGGCAAAAAGCACUGGGACAUCUGGUCAUGGUCAUGCACCCAUGAGACUUGGAACAGCUCCAAAGUUAGCUUCGAGCCUCUGUGCGUUGAACUGAACUAUAGCUUCUAUGCUAUCAUUAUAGCAGCAGUGAUCGAGAUUACUUGUCUUAUCCUCUUCUUCAUCUCUCGAAGCAUUGAAAAGAAGCAGCGACGGUAUAGGCAGAUUGUUACGGUUACGGGUUCAGCUUAG